GCGGUGGCCGCGCAGGCUCGGCGGGGCGGCGGCACCGACUGACAGAGGGUCGGAAGGACUGAGGGACGGGCGGGCGCACGGCCAGGCCAUGCCUGGGGAGGCUGCCCGCGCCGAGCUGCUGCUGCCCGAGGCGGACGGACCCGGGCCCCGCACAGAUCUGUCCUGCGAUGCAGCUGCUGCCACCACCAUCCUGGGAGGGGACCGGCGGGAGCCCUGUGCUCUGACCCCAGGGCCCAGCCACCUGGCCCUCACGUUCCUGCCCAGCAAGCCGGGUGCCCGGCCCCAGCCUGAGGGAGCCAGCUGGGAUGCAGGGCCUGGUGGGGCACCCUCAGCCUGGGCAAAUCCAGGGGAGGGCGGCCUGAGCCCCAUGCUUCUCCCUGAGGGCCUGUCUUCCCAGGCUCUGUCGACCGAGGCUCCUCUCCCGGCCACCCUGGAGCCCCGGAUUGUGAUGGGAGAGGAGACGUGCCAAGCCCUCCUGUCACCCAGGGCUGCCCGGACAGCGCUCAGGGACCGGGAGGGUGGGCAUGCAAGCUCAGACCCACCCCCCGAGUUGUGUUCUCAGGGUGAUCUUUCUGUGCCUUCCCCUCCCCCAGACCCUGAUUCCUUCUUUACACCUCCCUCCACCCCCACCAAGACCACCUAUGCCCUGCUUCCCGGCUGUGGGCCCCUUGGAGAUGCAGGGGACUCAGAGGCUGAGCUGUGGGAUGAGCUGCUGGACUCGCCCCCGCCCUCACCCUCGGGCUCCUACAUUACGGCCGAUGGGGACAGCUGGGCCUCUUCACCCUCCUGUUCCCUCAGCCUGCUGGCUCCAGCUGAAGGGCUGGACUUCCCCUCAGGCUGGGGCCUGUCCCCCCAGGGGUCCAUGGCGGAUGAACGAGAGCUGCACCCUGCCGGAACCCCAGAGCCCCCCUCCUCUGAGUCCAGCCUCUCUGCAGACAGCAGCUCCUCCUGGGGCCAGGAGAGCCACUUCUUUGACCUGGACUUCCUGGCCAAUGACCCGAUGAUCCCUGCAGCCCUCCUACCCUUCCAGGGCAGCCUCAUCUUCCAGGUGGAGGCAGUGGAGGUGACACCGCUAUCCCCAGAGGAAGAAGAGGAGGCUGUGGCGGAUCCCGACCCAGGUGGGGACCUGGCUGGGGAGGGUGAGGAGGACAGCACGUCCGCCUCCUUCCUGCAGUCGCUGUCUGACCUGUCCAUCACGGAGGGCAUGGAUGAGGCCUUUGCCUUCCGAGACGACACCUCUGCAGCCUCCUCUGAUUCGGACUCAGUCUCCUACACAGAGGCAGAUGACGAGAGGCUGUACAGCGGGGAGCCCCAUGCCCAGGCCACCCUCCUCCAGGACAGUGUCCAGAAGACAGAGGAGGAGAGCGGAGGUGGGGCCAAGGGGCUGCAGGUUCAGGAAGGGACUAUGUCCUGGGCCCUGGAGGCUGCGCCUCAGACCUCAGACAGAGGGGCCCCUCUCUCCCAGAGACAGGAAUCGAUCUCAGAAGUAACAGAAGAGGGCCUUGCUUUAGGCCAGGAGUCCACUGCCACUGUGACCCCUCACACUCUGCAGGUAGCCCCAGGCCUCCAGGUGGAGGUGGCUACCAGGGUGACCCCUCAGGCUGGGGAGGAAAAAGCGGACUCCACCACUGGACAAGCAUCUGCUGCCAUGGCAAUGCCUCAGCCCUCCCAGGAGGGCAUCAGCGAGAUCUUAGGCCAAGAGUCUGUCACUGCAGAAAAACUUCCAACUCCACAGGAAGAAACAAGCCUCACACUGUGUCCAGACUCUUCUCAGAACUUGAAGGAAGAAGGAGGGCUGGACCUCCCCUCUGGCCCGAAGCCUGUAGCUGCAGCCUCACUUAUGCCCCAGCAGGCUGAAGAGGAUCUCACCUUACCCCAGGACCCCGCUGUGACACCACCUCUGCCCCUACAAGACACAGAUCUCUCAUCAGCCCCGAAGCCUGUGGCUGCAGCCACAACUGUCCUCAGGCAGGCUGAAGAGGACCUCACCUUACCCCAGGGCCCUGCUGUGACACCACCUCUGCCCCUACAAGACACAGAUCUCUCGUCAGCCCCAAAGCCUGUAGGUGCAGCCUCGCUUGUGCCCCAGCAGGCUGAAGACGACCCCACCUUACCCCAGGACCCCGCUGUGACACCACCUCUGCCCCUACAAGACACAGAUCUCUCGUCAGCCCCGAAGCCUGUGGCUGCAGCCACGAUUGUCCCCAGGCAGGCUGAAGAGGACCUCACCUUACCCCAGGACCCCGCUGUGACACCACCUCUGCCCCUACAAGACACAGAUCUUUCAUCAGCCCCGAAGCCUGUGGCUGCAGCCACAACUGUCCCCAGGCAGGCUGAAGAGGACCUCACCUUACCCCAGGACCCCGCUGUGACACCACCUCUGCCCCUACAAGACACAGAUCUCUCGUCAGCCCCAAAGCCUGUAGGUGCAGCCUCGCUUGUGCCCCAGCAGGCUGAAGAGGACCCCACCUUACCCCAGGACUCUGCUAUGACACCACCUCUGCCUCUGCAAGACACAGGCCCCACCUCAGGUCCAGAGCCUCUGGCUGUGGCCACCCCUCAGACCUUGCAGGCAGAAGCAGGCUGCACCCCAGGGACAGAGCCUGUGGCCACCAUGGCUCAGCAGGAAGUAGGUGCGGCCUUAGGCCCCAGGCCAGCACCUGAGGAGAAGAAUGUAGCCCUCUCUAGAGUACCGGAGCCUGCAGCCUUGGACCAGGUCCAACAGGAUGACCCACAGCCAGCUGCAGAAGCUGGGACACCUUGGGCCGCACAGGAAGAUGCGGAUUCGACUUUGGGCAUGGAGGCCCUCUGUCUCCCUGAGCCUGCCUCUGGUGCUGGGGAGGAAGUAGCAGAAGCCCUUUCUAGGCCUGGAUGGGAAGCAUGUCUGGAAGCCCUAGUGCACACAAGUGAUGGGGCUAAGCCUGACUCACCCCAAAAGGAGACCCUGGAGGUUGAGAACCAGCAGGGAGGAGGCCUCAAGCCACCGGCACAGGAACAUGGACCCGGGUCAACACUUGGAGGUGCAGGGGAGGUCCCCGAGGCACCUCCUGCUGCCUGCCCUGAGGUCAGCCAGGCCUGGCUCCUGAGCCCAGCCAGCGAAGGAAGAGGCCUGAGUGGCAAGUCCACACUGGAGCCCACGCUUCCCUCAGCUGUGGCCACAGAGGCCAGUGUGGACUCCUGCCCAGAAUCUUCAGUAGGGGCUGUGUCCAGGCUGGACAGAGGCUUCCCUGACGCACCUGCGCCCACAUCUGCACCAACCUCCCAGCAGCCGGAGCCUGUGCUGGGAGGCUGCCCUGAUGCACCUGCCCCGAUGUCUACACCAACCUCCCAGCAGCCGGAGCCUGUGCUGGGUCUGAGCAGUGUUGAGCGACCCCACAAAGCACCCAGUGUCCUUGGCCCCCUCUUGCUGCAGCCCCCAGAAAACCUUGGCAAGGGUCUGCCCAGCGCACCCCCGGACAGGCCCCUGGGCCCUGAUCUUUCUGCUCCUGGUACCCUUGCUGGGGCAGCCCUACCCCCACUGGAGCCCCCAGCCCCCUGUCUGUGCCAGGACCUCCAGAAAGACUCCGUGGAAGAAGAGGAGCCCCCAGGCUCUCUGGGCCUCCCAACGCCCCAGGCAGGAUCCCAGCCUGCCGCUGCUGCUGUCUCAGGAACCACACAGCCUCUGGGGACUGGGCCGCGAGUCAGCCUCUUGCCUCACUCCCCGCUCCUCAGCCCCAAGGUGGCCUCCAUGGAUGCCAAAGACCUGGCCUUGCAGAUCUCGCCGCCUUGCCAAGUGCCUCCUCCCUCUGGGCCCCAGAGCCCAGCUGGCCCUCAAGGGCUCUCGGCCCCCGAGCAGCAAGAGGACGAGGACAGCCUGGAGGAAGACUCGCCUCGGGCCCUGGGCUCGGGUCAGCAUUCGGAUAGCCACGGGGAGUCGUCAGCCGAGCUGGACGAGCAGGACAUCUUGGCUCCUCAGACCGCGCAGUGUCCAGCCCAGGCCCCAGCAGGCAGCAGUGAGGAGACCAUCGCCAAAGCCAAGCAGAGUCGCAGUGAGAAGAAGGCCCGAAAGGCAAUGUCAAAGCUGGGCUUGCGGCAGAUUCAGGGAGUCACCAGGAUCACCAUCCAGAAGUCCAAGAACAUCCUCUUUGUCAUCGCCAAGCCUGAUGUCUUCAAGAGCCCAGCCUCAGACACUUAUGUGGUCUUUGGCGAGGCCAAGAUUGAGGACCUGUCCCAGCAAGUGCACAAAGCUGCAGCUGAGAAGUUUAAGGUGCCCUCAGAGCCCUCGGCUUUGGUCCCUGAGUCAGCACCCAGGCCCCGGGUGAGGCUGGAGUGCAAGGAAGAGGAAGAGGAGGAGGAGGAAGAGGUGGACGAGGCGGGGCUGGAACUGCGUGACAUUGAGCUGGUGAUGGCGCAGGCCAAUGUGUCCAGGGCCAAGGCCGUGCGGGCUCUGAGAGACAACCACAGUGACAUUGUCAACGCCAUCAUGGAACUGACCAUGUAGCCACUGACCGGAAGCUGGAGCCAUCCUACGCCUUCCCUCAGCUCUGCUACUCAAUAAAUCGGUGUCCCUCCAUUGCC